AUGCUCAGUACACCAGCAUCGCCAUGCGGGACCCCAAAACACGGCACGACGGAUAUGCCGCGGGCGAUCCUCCCAGCAAAUCGCACAUCUUUGUACAACAGGGGAGAUCUUACGGUCAAACACGAUAAUGGAGGGCCCAAGAGGGGGAGGCUCGUGAUAUUCGCCAACGACGCACAGGGCCCUACUAGUCGGACGAAUAAGCGGCGCAGAAGCAUGGCCACGCGACGCAUUUCUCAGCAACUGGCCAGUACAGGGCAGUAUGCGGCAGGAGAUGGUCAUUCCAAAGCCUGCCAAUCAUACCCCGAUACAUGGCCUUCUCCUGUGACCAGCGACACCUCCGAUUGUCCCAUCACAUUCCCCCGCUCGCCCGCUCGUCACGGCGCCGCUGCGCGCAGGCAAAAAGUGUGGGUGAAGCUCCUUCAGCUCCGGGUCCCGUGCCAAGAACGUGCAGGAAGGGUGGUGUCGUGGAGGGUGGCUGAUGUCGUCACUCUCGGUGCAUUUCGGCGGCGAGGACAAGCGUGGUGGGCUCCUGGCGCCGGUGCUGGUUUGCAGAGCUACGAUGGAUGGGACGGAAACAUGAUGACGGGGGACACGAGAAAGAGACUCUCCCUCGUGUCCACGGGAGCUGCGGGAGCCGAUGGGACACAAGCUUGUGAGGGAGCGUCGAAAGAGGACCCCGGGUACGGGCUGCUGGGACGAUGUCGAAAGCGUCUGGCAUGUCACAGGUUCUUCUAG